UAUACUAGACUGUGUAGUGUACGGGGCCGAAUGUUAAAGUGCUUAGGACAUCGCCUAGUACAUACUAGGUAUACCACACGUGCCUUAACCUAUUCCGUGUCAGGAUCUAUUAAUGAGACUUACAGGAGGAUAAACCGUAACGAACGUAAUUAACUCCCUGGUCAAAUCACGUAAGAUGUAUCUACAAAAACGCACGAUAUAUUUUCAUCGACCAACAAUCUAAACAAUAGCUGACCGUACGAGUAAACAAAACAGGACGAUAUGAGCUUCCCCACCACCUCCUCACUGAUAUGAGAUCGAGUACGAACCCAAAGUCAGUGCGAUUCUGUGAAAAAGAGUGGGACAAGUUGCUAUCUGGAGGCCAAGAGGAAGCUCAGAAUGGCCAGAAAUAUAGCAACAAUACCGGUCCGGCGCGGUCAUCUCAGCCCUCCAGCGUGGCCACGUCCAGCACUCAUAGCAAUGUCCAAGGGGAUAACAUGAACCCUAACCACCAUCAUCCUCCAAUCAAACUUACAGAGUUUGAACAAAUGAAAUUAGCCGCAGAGGAGCCUCCAAACGAUGGUAAGAAGUCAAACAUAAAGAGAAGAAUUCUCAAGGUGAUUGUGACGAGCAUGUUCAUAUUUAUGGCUGUUGGUGUCAUAGUCAUUUGGAGUCUUCACGAUGCAAGUGGCAAAGACUAUUCAGAUCUUCAAUUUGAAAUUGAUGGAGAGUUUCUGACUGUUGUUGGUAAACGUUUAGACGAGGUAACCAUCACAGCACAUUUAGGUGGAGAAAUAUUCGCAGGACGUUUGACUGAAAAAUGUCCUAACCGAGAUAAAAACAAGAAAGGGCGGUGCAUAUCAUGGGACGAUGGAAACAUGGUGGAUAUGACGCCAUUUAAUAUUGAUGAUAUUGUCUGUUACAAUGUUUCUUGGAUUAAUCCUAUAAAUGUCUACCCCAAGGACUGCUUCGAAAUGGACAUUGGUCACUGGUACAACAUGCUGCCAGGGCCCUGGCCAAUCACAGCUCAGAGGAAAACAGCUCUCAGUAGGUUUGGCCAUAACGAGAAGAACGGUAUGAAUGUUAUAGAUUAUUACUUCCUGUCAUCAGAAGGUGUCGCAAUAUACCUUCCUGGAGAUGGGCCAUAUCAGCUGAGCUGGAAUGAAAGUGCCAAUCAUAUGAUGUGUAUAGCUCCAGCUCUCAAUGGAAUGGAGGAAAGAAAAAAUCUCAAUUAUUUUACCUGUCAGGGUUAUGAUGUCAAGGCCACUCAUCUCGCCAUGAGUAAAAAAUUCCACUUGCAUGCCCCCCGAAAUCUGUCGGAGCAGGUUAAGUACACAGACAACUUCCUGUGGUCUGCUGAAACAGAGGGUUCCCAAGAAUUUUAUGGUGAUCAACUCAUCACAUUUAAAAACUUUCUGCAAUCAUCCAAUUUUGAGUGCAAUGUUUUGGAACUUGAUACUCAUUGGCAACAGGAGUUAGGUGAUCUCAAGUUUAAUAAAGCAAUAUUUUCAGGUAUCGGUUCAGCCAUUUCUAUGCUUUCCACUGACUGUGAUUUUAUGUUGAAUCUCAGUCCACUCUGCUCUUUGAAUUCACCUUCUUUCAGUAUUGGAAUCAAGAACAAUUACUUUUUGAUUGACGCAUUAUCUCUGGGUGCCAAAGUGCUCACACACAGUAAUACUCAGGUGGCUCUCUGGGACAUCAAUAAUGACGAUUUCUCAGCCUGGUUUUCUGAUGCAAUUUCAAACAUUUCUACAACAUAUGGUAUAAGAAAUUUCAAAUUUUUGCCAAUACCUCAGACGUUUAUGGUGAGACAUUCCAAUGGAUCUGAUUUGUUAGACCAUGACAUGUAUGGAAAGUGGCUAGAUCUGUUAGGUAUUGUGAGUGAAAAUCUCAUCACAAAGGGAACGUUCAGAUCACAAGACAAACAUGCAUUCCUAGAAGUAUCGGCUGACUUUGUGACAAAUGAAAACAAUGCCAGCUGUAUCAAGGAAUCUCUGUCUGAAGCGCUGACUUUGGGCCUGUAUGGAUAUCCGUACAUAUUGUCAUCAGCAAAAGGCAAUAUUAAUUUAGACAAUGACACAACUGAUUCCUUUAUCAGAUGGCUUCAGUUAUCCAUCUUCUUUCCAGCAAUUAAAGUUCCAUCAAACAUCCAGUUCUCAGGAGAAGAUGUCAUCUCGCAUGCUCAAAAUCUUUCUCAGUUUAGACAAAACUUUGUAAUACCCAUCCUGGAGGAGCUACGAACAAAGGUGUCGGAGGUGAUGCCAUUUCUACGGCCGCUAUGGUGGUUGGAUCCACAGGAUCAGGACACAUACAGUAUAGGGAAUGAGUUCCUUUUAGGGGACAGGGUUCUGGUGGCCCCUGUCUUGUGUUCUGGGGUCAGGAAAAGGAAUAUUUACCUGCCAAAGGGUAGUUGGUUAGACCCUAUGCAUGGAAUUGAAUACUCUGGGGGAGAGUGGCUAACAAACUUCCCUGUCAACCAAUUCCAAAUUCCUUACUUUGUGUUGCAGGAGAACAACGAAUCUGUGUAAGCGUCCUGAUUUUAAGUCGCUUUAUCCUGAACAAACCUCAGUAGAAUCCAAUCCAUCAGAAUGUAGUAUGACAUCAUAUAAUUUGCAUUCUUGAAAAAAUUCCUUUAAAAUACACUUUCUGUGAUCUUUUGUUACUUAUAUCUUGUUUCUUAUAAACUAUGUAGCAAGCAUCGUAUAUGUGAUAUAUGUACAUCAAUCAUUCAAGCUUGUCCAUACUAAGUUUGCAAUGAGAAACCUGUUAAAAUAUUAGCUGUUUCCUAUUUACUCUGAUAGGCAAAAUAAUCUCUUAGGCUCAUUCAGUAGAGCAUAGUCUAACAAGCCUCGGUUCUCAGGUUGGAUCCCGAGUGGAGACACUAAAAACAGUUUACCUCUGUCUAAUUCUGUAAAUCCGAUCAUAUUUAAAUAUGAAAGAUAUAGUUUGUGAAUAUAAAGUCAACGGACAGAUUCUAAAAAUAUCUACUUGUCCAAUCUAUAAUUUCCCAGCAAUAUAUUGCUCUCAGCCCGACAUAGAAUGUACUGACCUUGGUGUCAGACUUUUGAGUAUUAGAUGUAUACAACCCUACAUUUAAGCAACUCUUAAGUGAUUGGCUCUGCAUUGUUAAGUCAUCUUAAAACAUGACUAGUUUCACGCACAGGGACUUGGUACAAAUUCCUAAUCACAAAGUCUGUAAUUGUGUAUUAAAUAAAACACAUAAUAUGGACGUGGAGGUUGUGCCAAGUCCCUGUGAUUUCACAAACAUACUGUUUUUAUCCUGAGCACCCUGGGGGCCAACAACCUCUGACUCCAAGUAGGGGGUGGGCUUAUUACAGUUAGCAUUAAUUGGUAGUUCUGUUGGACAGUAAUAUGUAUGGAUGGGCAUUUUACUAGAAGUGGUGGGCCCAUUGAAAUUGUAAUAGAAAUAACAUUAAUCCUGUAAUCUGUGUUUGGGAUAGUAAACUUUUUUCUUUCUCUUUUAAUUAUUAAUUUUUACUUUAAAAUUAUAAUAUGUAAGUUAUUAUGUAGGAAUGAAUUGGUGUUAAAACAUUCAAUAAGAUUUACAUAUAGAUAGGUUGAAAGUAUAUGUUUUAUUAUCUUUUUGAUCCAACUAGGAAUUUUUAGAUUUUUUUCAUCCAUUUAUUCACCAGCUGAUGUACUGGGUAUGUUUUGUGCGUUAUUGAUAUACUGGUAUAUAUAUAUGCAUUAUGAGAUAGUACACACAUUUAUUUUGUGGAUUUGUUGUAAAAUUCAGAUUUAUCAUGGUUGGUGACACAAUGACAUGAACAUGUUACAUAUUUAUUAAACCAUCUGUUGUAUUGUUAUUAUUCUACUUAAAUCAUGAAUAAUUAAUGUCUUCAAAAAGACUUUUUCCUCAGAAGACAUACAUGUAUAUAGGUAUGUAGAUACUGAGAAUGUACAUAUCUAUUGACACAUUUAGUGCACAGAUUCCUUAGCAACUCUGAGUUCAGUGUUUUAUAUAUUAAUUAUAAUUAUCUGUCUUCAUAGUAUACAAUGUUUGUAUGUUAUAGAGUAUAUAACACAGGGGCUUGGCACAGAUCACCGAUCCCUUGUUGCAAACAUGCAUGUUUUUAAGUACCUGUGAUGGUUCAAGAACUGCCAAGUGCCUGUGAUAUAUAAUAUGUUUGGCAGGGAGAAGUGAAGGCAUUUAGAACAGAUAUAUUCUGAGGAAAUGUUUGCUAUGUUAUUUAGAUAAUACUAUCCAUUUUGAAAACUGAAUCAUGUUGUAGACCUAGGCUGAGAUUUUUACAGUUGUGUUAAAUUAGAUUGAUAUUGAUGAGUUAUAACAAUGUCUAUUGGAUAUGAUCUACAUCUGUACAAUGCUCUUCUUUCUACUGUACAUGGGGUACGGUGGUUCAUUACUGACCCAAGUUUGGGUAUUAAAAAGAUAGAUGUAGCAUGUCUGUUUAUUAAUUAGUCCCUUACUGGUAUAACCGGGGGGACUGUAGUUUUAAUUCCUCACCAUCUGUUUUUGGUUUGAUUUGUUGCUUCAUUCCUUGAGCAGUUUUGAUCAAACUUCACAAUGAUCAAGGACCAUAAUAUCUUUCAUAUUUGAAUAUUAUGUUCUGUAUCAAUGAAAGAAAAUGUUAAAAUGUUUAAUUUUUCUUUUAAUUUAUAGGCAAAGACCUAUUCAGAGGUCUGUUACCUUAUGUCAUCACCUUUCUGUUCAAUCAUGCUCAACCAGACUCUUCUAGUUCUGCCUCCUUUUGUUCGCAUAUGCGUCAAACGCAAUUGUGACCCUAUAUUUGAUUUGUGUAAUUCAUUUGCUUCCAGAAUGUAUGAUUAUUGUCAUGCAGGUAUUCUCACUGCUACAAUUUUAUUGUACAAUGUAAUUGGACUGUGCACAGGGAUUUUCCAGUAAGAAAAUGUACAAAAUUGACCUGUCAACCACACAUAAAUGAUAGUAGAUUAUGAAUUCAUACUGUUAAUGGACAGAUUAGGUGCCAAAUAUUGAGACUUUUAUUGAUGGAAUUCGAUUUUCCUAUUGUUAAUGUUUGUUGAAAUGUAUGAUCAUUUAGUUUUUGUGAUGAUGAUCACGAUGUUUAAACACAUGCAGUGACAAAUUCCUGACCCCAGCGUCCAUUAAAUGUGUUAUCACACCUAUUAGCCCAAGUUUCCUCUGACCCAGAUAGAUUGCUGCCUGGGCUAAACACAAAUAUGUUGAAAAUGAAAUUUCCUUGUCAGUGCUGUACUGGGCUCAGAAAUGUCUUGAUCUCAAGUUCUAGAGCUGACCAUUGUUGUGUUGACAUGGUACCUUAACUGAUUUGCUGAAUAAUUUCAAUGAUAUUCGUUAUUCAUUAUUUAAUUACUAUACCUGUACAUUAGAAUCAAUAUUGAGCCCAUCUGGAGUUCUUUGUACAGAGUAAUAAGAUAUUGUACCUAUAAGUUACUUAGCGUGUAGGUACCACUGGUGCUUGCAUAUAAAAUGUUACCUGGUGAUAGUACAAGUACUUUCCACAGUAACCAAACCCCUGCUAUUUCUAAAAGGUUUUAAAAUUAACCUUAUAUGUGCAAGCUAGUGCCUGAUGUAGGUACCAGAGGUAGGUAAAUCCUAAAGAUAAUUUUUUUCAAGAGAUUCUAAUUGAUUUGCAUUUUCAAGAAUAGAUUAAAAUGUUGAAAAUAACAUUUAUAGAAAAAAAUGAUGAUUUGUUACAAAAUAUCCAUGAAAAAAAGUAUCCUUUUUGAAGCAAAACUUUUAGUAAAACCCUGAAAAUUUGAAGCAUCUGAAAAAUCCUACCUCCCCUUGGCUACUGUAUGUUAACUGUACAAUUUGGUUUGUUUGGUUUGUUUUUGUUUAACGUCCUAUUAACAGCCAGGGUCAUUUAAGGACAUGCCAGGUUUUGGAGGUGGAGGAAAG